CAGAAGAAAUUAUUGUCGGAAAGAGUAGAGAUCUUCAUGAAGGUGUGGAACCAACUCAGAAUGGAAAUAUCCAAUAAUGCUUCUUUGGGUUUGGAUCCUACACUUUAUGAAAAAGAAAUAACUCAAGAAAGCUCUGGGCAGUUUCUCUCCUUGAGUCGUCACGGGCCAGGCUCAUGUCUCCACGCAAUCAUAGAUCUCCUGUCUGAGACACACAACAGUCUUGUGCGAGAAGCCAGAAAACUCUGUCACCAGGAAGACAGUGACUAUAAAGUGCCACUGACAGCGCUGUCUGAGAGCCAACUUGCCCUGUGUCACCCAGAAAAGGAGUUGCUCCCUUUGGUGUUAGCUAACUGCCAUUACACACUAGAGAAGGGUCAGCAAACAGUGAGCUCCUAUGAUCAUGAGUCUAUUGAGAGAGAACUCAGCAGACGAUUUUUUGCAGGCAAACCACAACACAAAGAGACAUAAGGGUCUUUCCUCAGAAUGGCCACUUUCAAUCACAACAAUGCAGACCUUCCAAACCUAGUCAUUCCCUGGAGACCUGUGGGCUUUUAGACCCAAGAGAGGCACACUUUGACCCCUCCAGGCUCCCAUCUGUCAGUGUGCCCUGCUCUAGUCAACUACUGAGCAGGCAGCUGGUCGGAAUGAAAAGGAAUGCGUGUGCUGGGGACAAUAGAAUCAGUGCUAACUGUUGAUCCUAAACCACACCACUGAACACCCUUCCUCCUUUCUCUUUCACAACAUAGCAUCAGGUCCACCAUGGAAUUCCAUUUGGAGGAGAAGAACAUCACCUCUUUUCCUGGUUUAGAUCAUCUUCCAGAGGAAAUCACUUUGGCUAAAGCAGCAGAAAUCUGGAGGCUUGCCGUGGAGUUCAAACCCUGAAAAGAUCUUCUGAAAGAGCCAAACCAAUAUGAAUAAUACAAAUGUGAAAAGAUCUGGACUGCUUUAAUAUUUUUUGUCAGAUGUUGUCAUGUCUGUUGUAUAGGACAGAUUUAUGACUCAUUCCAACCCUCGAAAUCUUUCUUGUUCUUUAUAUUGUUAAACCAGUUGAUUAAAAUAAUCUAUGUUUACUCUUUAGAACUUUGAAUAUGUCUUCAUAUAGUUGAGAACUUUUUUUAAAAGAGAUUUGUGUAAAUAUUUGAUUCAGGGAACAAGAAUUAAUGAAA